UUUGGGGGGGGGGGGGGUAUAUGCGUCACUUCCGUCUGUAGCUGUACACCACCUUCAUAUGGUAAUGGCGAAAGCUCCUUGCAUGUCAAAACGACUUUUCUAGAAAGACCAGGGUCAUAAACCAAGAGGAAAACCGUCGCUCAGGAACAUAGUUACGGCCAUAACGCAAUUUUAGAUAAUAGUCCACUUAUGUACUUAAUCGGUUUAGCUUGCUAACGUUAGCUAGCUAAUCAUCACGUUCGUUCCUUUCGGUGCCGGCAUUUGCGAUUAAUUUAGCUAGCUAGUUAGUUGGCGUUAGCAAGCUUCGGGGACGCAAUUGUACAGCUUGUUUGAUAGUAAGUUACUACUGUCGUCAUGGCUAAAUGGGGAGAAGGAGAUCCACGCUGGAUCGUGGAGGAGAGAGCCGAUGCAACAAACGUCAACAACUGGCAUUGGACGGAGCGUGAUGUGACAGGCUGGUCGACAGACAAGCUGAAGGAGCUCCUGUUGGGGCUGCGCGUGGAGGGCCCCGAGGGGAGCUGCGAGGUCACCGACGUCCCGAAGCUGGACGGCGAGGCGUCCAUCAACAACCGCAAGGGAAAGCUCAUCUACUUCUAUGAGUGGAAUGUCAAGGCGACGUGGACCGGAACAUCAAAAACCGGAAUCAAGUACAAAGGGAACAUUGACGUUCCCAACCUCUCUGAUGAAAAUGACAUGGACGACCUAGAUAUAUGAGAACAGAGAGACAUUGAAAACAGUACAACAUCCCUAGUCCCUUUCCCCCCCAUCCAUCCCUCCCUCUCACCCCACCAAGGCUUCAUACAAGGACAUCACAAAAAAAUCAGUGUGGUUCUUUGCAAGGAUGAACCCAAUACACCUCUCACCGAACUCAUGAGGAAGGAGGGAGCAAAGAAAGUGCGAGCUGCCCUGGGGAGCUAUGUUGGCCACCUGAAAUCAGAGUUCACUCAGGGCAUGAUCCUGCCCACGGCGAAUGGGGCGGCGAGCAAGCCACAGCCAUCGCAGACAAAGGUCAAAGUUGACAAAACCCAGAUUGGUCCCUCUUCUUCUGCUCCACCAUCCAGCACAGGGGUCAAGAUUUCAACCUGCAAGUUUAGUCUCAAGGAGACCUUCCUCACCUCACCUGAUGAGCUGUACAGAACCUUCAUCAACCAAAACAUGGUCCAGGCGUUCACCCAUGCUGCAGCUGUGGUCGACGGAGAAAAAGGAGGGAAGUUUCAGCUGCUAGAGGGGAGUGUCAACGGAGAGUUUACAGAGCUGGUCCAAGAUGAGAAGAUUGUUAUGAAAUGGAGGUUCAAGACCUGGCCAUGUGAGCACUAUGCGACUAUCACUCUAAACAUGAAGGAUCGAGGCAAUGAGACUGAGCUGAAGCUGGAAUGUAAAGAUGUCCCUACUGGAGAAGAGGAUAGGACGAAGGAGGGUUGGAAGAGAUACUACUUUGAAGCCAUCAAACAAACUUUUGGAUUCGGGGCCCGACUCUAUUGAGAUUGACUCUAAGUCAUGAACAAAACAAAAAAGAGAACCUGAUUAUUUAAUGUGAAUGAAUACUCUCUUUGGCACUAUCUCUUGUAGCACUAGCCAUACUGUGUGCGUAGACAAACUGUGCCCUUUCCACUUGGAAGACUGGCUUGCAGUGUAAGGGUCAGUGGUUCAAGGCUUCCUUCGAGGUCUGCUUACCACACUGAGAUUAAGCAAAGGAGAUGUAGAAACAAUCACUCGAAUGACAGUAUAUUUACGUGCUGACAGUAUUUGGAAUUAAUGAUCAGUAUUCUCUAUUCAAUUCUGCACAUUUUGAAGUGUGUCGUGCUGAAAUAAAUGCAAUUUUUACUGAA